CGAAAAUAGAAACGACGUGCGAUAGAUUUUGGUAUAAAAGACGAGGCCGACUAACGACUUGCAUCAAUCUCGAAGCACUCAGCAGCAAGCAAUUAGCAGCAGCAAGCGACAAGAAAAACUCGUUUCAACAUGUCUCGCAAUCUGUUGGUUCUCUUCCUCCUCGUGGCGGUCAUCUGCGCCACUGCCAUGAGCGAUCCCGGACUCCCAAUUAAGCCUAAGAAUCUCAUUCCCAUCAAGAAAUGCGGCAAGAACGAGGAAUACAAGUGCGGACCUUCCGUUCAAGCGUCUUGCAAGGAUCCUAAGCCCGUCUGCCAUGACAAGCAUUGCGUCAAGGGAUGCUUCUGCAAGGACGGUUACCUGCGGAACAAGAAUGGCGAGUGCGUCAGAAAGUGCGAAUGCGAUUGCUAUUGAUUGGCCCUACGACGAUCGAGGAUAUGCUUUUACAAAUAUACCCAAAACAUCCCUACAUCAAAUACGCAUGUAGUCACGUGACUUUACCAGAAAUAUAAACACAGCAAUUUUGAAAAAUCA